CAAUUAAUUUUCGUUAUUCUGUACAUUGUAUAUGUCAGAAUGCUACGAAUACAAAUAACAUAAUGGAUUAAUGAUAAACAAACGUGUGUAUAUUCAUAAUCGUUUCGAUUUGUCAACAAAAUACUAUUUUGUAGAAAAUGAGGAAGGAUGUUUAUAUCCUGUAACGUAUUCCCAAAAUUCGAUCUCAAAUUAUCAUGAUCCGGAGUUAUAUUUACAAAAACAAUGCAAUCAGUAUAUAUGAUUGGCAAUUAAAUGUGACAUCAUAUAACUACAGAUCUGUGAAACAGGACAGUCAAGAACUGCGAACAUGAUGCAAGCAGUGUCCGCGUUCAUCAUCUUAUGCCACUUACACGUGUGUUACUCAGCUUUCAAGCCGCAUUUAGACUUAGCAUGGCCCGGCCCACCGAUAUCGUGGUCCGAUGACGAGGACUUGUACUUCGACAGAAUAGUACCAUUAUCGAUAACGAUAGCUAACUACACAGGUAGUGACCGACAUUUGACGAACAUCGGGAUAUCUUGUCUGAUAGACGAAAAUCGCGUCAUCACAGCGUAUAAUCCUUUUAGAACAAUAUUAUUUAAUGAAAAGAUGAUAGAGCACACUGUAGCCAGUGUUCUUCAGUCACGUAAAAGAAUUCCGAACCAACAUUCUGAGUUUACCUACAAUAUUCAUAAUAUUACUUGUGGCCGUCGAGUCGUAUUUAUAAAUGAAAACUAUUUAACGCAUAAGCAAUGGCAUGGCAGAGAUAGAAAACAAUCUCCCGUUCAUGACUUAUUGGUUUUAAGAAUAUUCCCUCAAAUUAAUAAAUUUAAGGACUGGAGUCCAGAGACACAUACGAUGAGCAAGCAUUAUUCUCCAGAUUCGAAAGUGAUCGAACAACAUGACUUGGUGUUUAAAACGGAGCUGGCACUGCCCACGGAGCGAUUCACGUACCCCUUUAAAGUCGGUACAUUGGAACCUAGCUUUGACCCACUUCUAGGUCAGCAAGGUCUCACUUUAACUUUCGAAAAAGUUUCGGCCGCCAUAUUGGACUGCUCAGAAUGGCUGCCAAAAUAUUGGGGACAUUUUAUAUGUAUCGCAAAUGACUUUAAAUUAAAAACCCUUGCUGCUGGCUCCAUGUUGGUGUCAAAAAACAAGCUGUUUGGAGUUGGCAGUUUCAUAUAUUUUAGAGGGGGCAAUGGUGUUUUGGUGUUCACUGACGUACGGCGGUACUACGAUCACAUUAUGUUUGCCUGUACCGAUGAGGAUUGGAUGUUUAUGAAUGACGAAUUAUAGUUACUGAAUAAUGCUUCGC